AUGACCAUUCCUUUUGUUCUUUCCUUCUUAUAUAUAUAUGCAUUUUUAUUUUUCCUUUUGCAUUUGUGUGUUUUGCCUUUGAAACAAAACCCAAAUCUAAUCAGACCAAACACUUGAUCAUUUUGGUUGCUUUGUUCAUCAGUUUUAGUUACACAAAACAAGGGGUGUUGAAAAGUUGUCAGAAUCUUGGUUCUUUCUUCAAUCAUGGUUUUCCUCCACCUUAAGUUUCCAAAAACUUCAUGAACACUUCUCAAAAACCCUACUUUCUUACAUUCUGUGUUUCAUAUAUUAGUGUGCCAAUUUGACCUGAAUUUCAUAGAGGAUGUUGGGUGUGAAAUCAAGAAAUCUUGGAACUGUUCCAACGGCGGCGAAAGGCGGAGCUUCCACCUCUGGUGGCGGCGGUAUGUCCGCUUGGGAACUCCGGCCAUGUGGAAUGUUGGUGCAAAAGAGGAAUUCAGAUGUUAAUCCAAAUCAAAACAUAGUUCCAACUAUUAAAGUCAAAGUCAAAUAUGGUUCAUCUUAUCAUGAAGUCACCAUCAAAUCUCAAGCAACUUUUGGAGAAUUGAAGAAAAUGUUAGCCGGACGAACCGGAUUAAACCCUUUGGAUCAAAAACUAGUAUACAAAGACAAGGAACGCGACUCGAAAUCAUAUUUAGAUGUUGCAGGAGUCAAAGACGGAUCAAGAAUGACGUUGUUCAUCGAUAUACCAAGUCAAGAAAAAAGACUUGUUGAAGAUCUUAAAUCUGCAAAAAUGGAUAAAGCUAAGCUGCAGCCAUUAAUGGAGAUCACUUCAGAAGUUGAUAAGCUUGCUAAGGAGUUUGGAAAUUUGGAAAGAGAAAUUUAUGGUGGAAAGAAAGUUGAUGAAAAAAUGUUGUUGAAUUUGAUUGAAUUGUUGAUGUCACAAUUGAUCAAGUUAGAUGGAAUUGUAGCAGAUGGUGAUGUGAAAUUGCAAAGAAGAAUGCAGGUGAAAAGAGUGCAGAAAUAUAUAGAAAAUCUGGAUAUGUUGAAGAUUGAAAAUUCCAAGAUUGGUAAAGUUACAUUUGAGCAAAAACUGGUGUCAUCAAUGGAAAAGCAACGUGACUCAAUGAAGUGGCCAAUCGUGGUGACGACUCAGUGGGAGAAAUUUUGAUAAAUUUAUUAAUAUUUUUUGGUGUGAAAUACAUACAGUAUUAUCCUUCUGUUAUUCUGAUUCAGAUGCAUGUAUGUAUGUGUUAUGUGUCUAGUCUCUUGUCGGGGUUAGGAAUGGUGUUUUCUAUUUUGUAUGUAUAUAAUAUAUGAUUAUAUGAUAUGAUAUGGGUGGAUAAUCACGAAUUUCUUUUU